AUGGAGUUGAUGAAGAAAAUUGAACAUAUUGUUUUUACUAGCUAUGAUGAAGGAUUUAGUGGCAGUGAUAGCUUCUUGCAAUGGUGGAGCCAGAUCAAGUCCUCCAAACAUUGGCAAUUUGCCAUUUUUUAUGCUCUUUGUGCAGCUUAUGCACUCAUUUCUACAAUUGCACUGGUGCAAUUAGUUCGCAUUCAACUGAGAGUACCAGAAUAUGGUUGGACAACACAAAAAGUUUUCCACAUGAUGAAUUUUGCUGUUAAUGGAAUAAGGGCUGUCCAAUUUGGACUCUACAAGAUUGUGUUCCACAUUAAACCAAAAGCAUUUGAUAUAAUAAUUUUGGAUCUUCCCGGUCUUCUCUUUUUCUCGACAUACACGUUACUUGUCUUGUUUUGGGCAGAGAUAUACCAUCAGGCAAGAAGUCUUCCAAUUGAUAAACUCAGACCUGCGUACUUCAUCAUCAAUGCAUUUAUAUAUUUUAUACAGGUUUGUAUCUGGACUUAUAUGAGAAUUAGUCGAAGUGCUGCUGCAGUUGAAUUGGCCAGACUCUUCUUUGCAGUUAUGUCACUUUGUGCUGCUCUUGGAUUCAUGGUAUAUGGUGGGAGGUUAUUUAUCAUGCUACGGAGGUUCCCAAUUGAAUCAAGAGGCCGCCAGAAAAAGCUCCACGAGGUUGGCUUUGUCACUGGAAUUUGUUGCACUUGUUUCUUGAUAAGAUGUUUAAUGGCUACUGUUUCUGCAUUUGACGAGGAUGCCGAUUAUGAUGUGUUGAACCAUCCCAUUGUAGACCUUAUAUAUUACACAAUGGUGGAGAUCUUGCCAUCUGCGCUAGUCCUAUUUAUCCUACGAAAACUGCCCCCAAAACGCGUGUCAGAGCAAUAUCACCCUAUAAGGUAAUGAGUUGCUACCUGCAGCAAUUUGGAGAGAUUCACUUGGAGGAUCUGCCACCUUGGCAUCCGUAUUGCUUCUAAACGUUGAGAACCUCGCUGUUAGCUGAAAUGGAUAUUCUGUUUUCCUUAUAUAUGUUCAUGGCAUCAAUCUCCGUGAUUUACUGUGACCUGGAAUAGUGAUGCUAUAUCAGAAAUAGUGUUGAGCCUUGCCCCUCCUCUUUCUCCCACACGCUAUGUACUCGAGCUUUCUUGUAUUUA